AUGGCAUCACCCUACAUAAUGUGCGCUUCUUGUCUGCGUGCAGCUAAAGCAGGGAUGGGAAAGGCCGUCUUGAGUCGUACAGUUCAACGGCCAAAGUCUGCGAGAGCCUUCAGCAAAGCGACGGCCAGUCUGCGACCGUUAUACCUCGACUUCCUCGCACCAUCUAUCAACAGAGCAGGUACAAAUACUACGCCAGCAUACAACCCACCAUCAUCUCUUGGAAUAAAUACCCGAAGAACCCUUACCACCACUACCACUACUACAACUACAACCACCUCUCCAACAUCCUCCCCACCCGUCGCCACACCCGCCACCCCCAUCCUCAACCCCCGCACCGACGACUCGGGUGCGCCCAUGACCAUCUCCAUAUCUCCCCGCGCAUCUCACCGUCUCCACACCAUCGCAACCAAAGACGCCAAUCCCUCCCUCGCCCUGCGCGUCUCCAUCGAAAGCGGCGGCUGCCACGGCUUCCAAUACCUCAUGGACCUAUGCGACCUGUCAAAACAGCCCGCAACCGACGAAGACACGGUGUUUGAAGGGCCCAAGGGCGAGAAGGUGGUGAUUGACGAGGCGAGCUUGGAGUUGUUGAGCGGGAGUACGGUGGAUUACAGCAUGGAGUUGAUAGGCAGUCAGUUUAAGAUUACGGGUAUUCCGGGGGCGACGAGUAGUUGUGGGUGUGGCACGAGUUUUGACAUAAAGUUGUAG